ACCAUCCUCCACACCUCCCAAAACCCCUGCGCACUAACACUAAAACGGUAAAACCCAUCAAAAUUUUCCAGGAAAAUCCUUCUGAUUCCGGGAAAGUUGUCCUUAAACCCCAACCUCCUUUUUCCGCCAGCAACCCAGAAAUGUCCAUCUCCUUCUCCUCCUCCUCCUCCUCUCAACUCUUCUUUCAUAAACCUUACUUCUCUCAGCAGAGCAAUUUUCAGAAGCAACGAGUAGCUGGGUUUUGGAGAAAGCCACAGUCUUUAAGGAGGUUAGUGGUCAAGGCAGGCGCAAAAAAGAUAUCUUUUGGUACAGAAUGCAGGGAUGCCUUACAAACUGGGAUAGAUAAACUUGCUGAUGCUGUUUCCCUUACCUUAGGACCUAAAGUGAAACAUGCAGGACGUAAUGUUGUUCUUUCGGAGUCUGAAAAACUGAACGUGAUAAAUGAUGGUGUAACAAUUGUUCAGUCCAUAGAGCUAUCAGAUACAAUUGAGAACGUGGGAGCAAUGCUAAUCCAAGAGGUUGCAAAGAAAAUGAAUAAUCUGGCAGGUGAUGGUACCACCACUGCAGUCAUUUUGACAAGAGAAAUGAUCAAAGGUGGACUUUUGGCAGUAGCUUUCGGAGCUAACCCAAUUUCUUUGAAGAAGGGAAUGGAUAAGACUGUAAAUGAACUGGUCAAGAUCUUGAAGGAGAAGAGUCUUCCCGUAAAAGGAAGGAAUGACAUUAAGGCUGUAGCUUCAAUUUCUGCUGGAAAUGACGAGUUCAUUGGUAAUUUGAUUGCUGAAGCUAUAGAAAAGAUAGGACCUGAUGGAGUAAUCUCAAUUGAGUCAUCCUCAUCAUUUGAAACGUCUGUUUUAGUUGAAGAAGGGCUGAAGUUUGACAAGGGAUACAUGUCCUCCCACUUCAUUACGAACCAGGAAAAAUCUCUUGUGGAGUUUGACAAAGCUAAGGUCCUAGUAACUGAUCACAAGAUCUCAACUGUUAGAGAAAUUGUUCCUUUAUUGGAAAAGACAACCCAACUGAGUAUCCCGCUGCUAGUCAUUGCAGAGGAUAUCUCAAAGAAAGUACUGGAAACACUAGUGGUGAACAAAAAGCAGGGUUUACUUAAAGUCGCUGUUGUUAAAUGUCCUGGACUUGCAGAGGGGAAAAAAGCUAUUCUGCAAGAUAUUGCAAUUAUGACAGGUGCUGAUUUUCUCUCUGGAGAUUUUGGUUUGACCCUUGAGAGUGCAACAUCAGAUCAACUUGGAAUUGCAAGAAAAGUGAAAAUAACAAGUAAUUCAACAACGAUAGUUGCAGACCCUUCUACUAAAGCUGAGAUUCAGGCAAGAAUAUUACAGAUCAAGAAGGAUCUGGCAGAAACAGAAAAUGCAUACCUGUCGAGAAAGCUCUCUGAAAGAAUUGCCAAACUUUGCGGUGGAGUUGCUGUAAUUAAGGUUGGAGCACAUACUGAGGUAGAACUUGAAGAUCGCAAACUCAGAAUUGAGGAUGCAAAGAACACUACAUUUGCUGCUAUGGAGGAAGGAGUGGUGCCUGGUGGUGGUGCCACAUAUGUACAUCUCUCAGAAUUUAUUCCUACCAUAAAGAAUUCUAUGGAAGAUUUAGAUGAGCAAAUUGGUGCUGACCUUGUAGCAAAGGCUCUACUUGCUCCUGCAAAAGCAAUUGCAACUAAUGCAGGGGAUGAUGGAGAAGUUGUUGUGGAGAAGACUAAACGUUCUGAUUGGAGAGUUGGGUACAAUGCAAUGACAGGAAACUAUGAAGAUCUCCCAGAUGCGGGAGUUAUAGAUCCUUGUAGGGUUUCAAGAUGUGCCCUUCAAAUUGCAGCCUCCAUUGCCGGAGUGGUUCUUACAACUCAAGCUGUAUUGGUGGAGAAAACAAAGAAGAAAAAGCCAGCUGUUCCUUUUGUUCCGGGAAUAACUCCUCAGUGAAUACAGUCAAGAGAGUUGCAUGAAAGCUGAGGAAGAGGCGAACUGGAAUUUCGUAUCCCAUGCUGUGCAACCAAGCUUCGGAACUCAGGUACAAGUUCUUGUGGAUAUGAUAUGAAGAUGAAACAAGCUUUGAGCGCUGUGACAAAGAAUCUGUUAGGAAUCGGAAUUUUAUACAUGAGGUUGAACAUAUACUAUCAGGAUUUUGUAUACGUUCACGGCCAGCCUUUCAGUUGAUAUGUUUUUGCCCAAGUUGUAUACUGUGUUCCUACCAAUCAUCUAUAAACAGUCGUUGCCUGUACAUUUGCUCUUGUACUUGUUACUGAUAAAAUAGACAAUGAAAACCGUCGUUUUUGGAUUGAAA